AUGUUACCAAAAUCCAAAUUAGAUUUUUUUAGAUUUGUUCUUCUCCUCUGUUCUCUUACAUUUCAUCAUUUAAUUACCAAUUAUUUGAUUUCUAAACUUUUCUACAAUAUAUUUAUUUAUGCAAAUUAUUUUUUUCAAUUUUGUAGUAUUUUUUAUUUAAUUUUAUGCUUUUUAAGAAAAGGAUACGUAGAUUAUAAGCUUAAAGACACAUUCAGCAGAAGCUCUCGGUAUUGUAAAAUAUGCGAGGGAUUUAAACCAACUCGAGCACACCAUUGUAGUAAAUGUAAAAAAUGCAUAAAAAAAAUGGAUCACCACUGUAUGUGGCUUGGUGUUUGUGUAAAUUAUGACAACCACGGCGAUUUUAUGCGCUUCUUAUUUUUUACAGUUAUAUCAUUAUUUGUAUCUUUACUUGGAAUAAUUAAUUUUAUAAUAAAAAUUCGAGUAAAUAAUAUGGCGAAAGUUUUAUUGGCUUAUUUAUUGUUAUAUUCUAUUUCAUUAGUAGCUCUUUGUAGUGUUAUGUUUAAAAUUCAGGCACAGCUAAUUUCUAAGAAUAUAACAUUUAUUGAAGAUCAGCAUUAUUACAUUUACGAUGAGCGAAGUGCGUACGAUAAGGGAUUUUUUGGAAAUUGGUGUGAAGUUAUGGGUAACUUAUAUUUUUUAUGGCUGUGGAGACCAAAUGGAACAGGACUAGAUUAUUUUAGGAAUGAUGAAAUAGACAAUGAUGAUAUAAAUUUUGUAUAA